CCAAGAUGGCGGACGCGUUGACGUAUAGCACUAGCUAACAACAGCGGCUAAUACGGAACACAGUUUUUCCACGGAACCGCGGCACGUCUUACCAUUACUAAAUUAUUUUGGGUAUUAAAACCAUUAAGAAACAGGACGGUCAACAGAAUAGUGAGCUCAAGUUGAACUGGGAGAGUAAAGAGGUUAAAAUCGCUCUCAGUAUAUGGUGUAAGCUACACUGCUGACACUGACGCUGGCGUCGAGCGGAACACAACUGCACUGCUGUAAACAAGUCCAGAGAGAGUCAGCACCGUUUCUCCAUUCAGAGCUUCAAUGAACUCACUCCAACAACAGAAAUGUGCGGUUACAAAACACCGCGCAUGAGCCGAGUUUAACGCGGCUACAGGACAACAGCAGCGGAAAGCUCCAGGCUCGACUCGGGGGGGAUGACCGCCGCUCACACGCCUCUUUAACGCUGAACAAUUCAAUGAAAAGCGGACAACAAAGGAGCAGGUCUAAAGAGGACAUCUCUACAGAUUUCUGCACUGACAGCGGCGAGUGAGCAAGUUAAAUUCCGGGCAUGAUGGCGUUCCAGGUGCGGAGGAAGACUGCACGGCUGCUGCGGCUCAGAGACUCCGCGCUCUCUCUGUCUGCUUCUCCGCGCAGGAGCUGUGGGGGAAUGGUCCCCGCCACCAGACUGCGCGUCCUAGUCGACAUGGACGGCGUUAUUGCGGAUUUUGAGGGGGGAUUUUUAAAGAAAUACAGACAGAGAUACCCGAAUGAUCCGUACGUCAGCCUGGAGGAGCGCAGAGGCUUUUGGGUGUCCACUCAGUACGGAGAGCUGAGAGGAGACCUGUGUGAUAAAGCCAUCAGCAUUUGGGAGUCCAAGAACUUCUUCAUGGAGCUCGAACCUCUGCCAGGAAGUGUGGAGGCUGUGAAGAAGAUGGCCAAGAUGAAGAAUACAGAUGUCUUCAUUUGCACCAGUCCAAUUAAACACUAUGCCCACUGUCCAUACGAAAAGUAUGCGUGGGUAGAGAGGCACCUGGGCCCCGAGUUCUUGGAUAAAGUUAUUUUGACCAGGGACAAGACAAUAGUGAGUGGAGACAUCCUCAUUGAUGACAAGCCGGACAUCCUUGGUGUGGAGCCCAGUCCAUCCUGGGAACAUGUUCUUUUCACUGCCUGCCACAACAAGCACUUGCCUGCGAGCACCACCCAGAGGCGCCUCCUGUCUUGGGCUGAUGACUGGAGGGGCCUCUUGGAGAGCAAGCGCUAGUGAGAACCUGGUGUACUUUCUCACGUCCUCAUCACAUCACUACAUCACCACUGCUCAACUUCAGUGAACCAGCAGGAAUCACACAGAAGAUAUCAGUAGUGUAAGCAAUUACUACACUGUAACACUUGUUCUGUUUGAUCCAACUUUAAAACUGCAUCACUGCAUGAUAAGAAGCCAUGUUUAUAAGCGAUGAGGAGACAAGCCUGAGUCAGUUCAUGGAAAAAAAAAUCGAGAAAGAUGUACAAGUUUACAGAGCGACAUUUGCAAGACAUCAUAUCUAUAGAUAAGGGACACAAUCAAGGAACAUGUUUCUGACUCCGUUAUAAUGCAAAUUACAUGCUCAUAAUAACAAUAAUUCAUUCUUAUUGUAAACAAAUCAAUAGUAAUGAAUCCUUAUUGGUUUUCUUUGGAGAACUGAUAGAUGGCCAGUUUUCAGUGAGCCGCAGAGCUUGAUUUUAGCAAUCAGAUUUUGUAUCAUGCAUAUAAAAAGGGAACCACAGCACUGCAUAGUUCUUUCAUGCCAGACCUUUUAGCGCAUAAACAUACUGUACUUUUAUUCUACUAAUACAUUUUGUAAAAUACUUUUUAUUUGAAUAUAAUUUUUUUUGUCAAAAUGUAUACAUGUAUAGAGAUGUGAAUUAUACACUAUAUAACAGGUGUGUAUCAGUUUGUGGUCAGAUUCAUGUUAUUUUGAACCUUUUUUUUUUUAAUUAUUUGUGCCUAAGGGAAAAUGUAUCACACAGUAAUUUGAAGGUGCUGAGUCUCUGAGCUUAAACCAGUGUGUGUGUGUGUGUGUGUGUGUGUGUGUGUGUGUGUGUGAGCACUGAGGUAGUUAUCAGUAUGAGCAAGAGCAUUUUAAAAUACAGUUAAAUGUGACCAGGGUCAGCACAUGGCAAAAAUGAACAUGUAACUUCCUUAGAAUUUUUGUGGCAUAAUAUUUCCCCGUACGCACGAAUGAAGCAGGGCUGAGUGGCUGGAGGUGGAGCUCAUUUCUUGACCAGUGUACUGAGAUACUGUAUGUAGUCAGAAGCAUGAACUCAAACACUGACCAAAUCCAUUUUAUGGCAACAUUGUGAAUAUUUUUUUAUACUGUACUUUUUAACAGACCUUUAACCCACGAAAAUAACAAGUACGUUAAUUGUCCCAAUAGCACCACUACAAAACAAAAUGCAACCACUUCAUACUGUUUUAUUUAUAGCCAUGUGUAUACUGUAAUUUAAAACUGUAGCUGCAUUAUGGUUGCUGUAGUUUUCACGGGUUUUUAUUUACUCAACAGUGGUGCUGCUAGUUCUUUUCUACCUAAAGAUUUGACAAAAUAACUAACAGUAUUCUGCUCACCCUAAUCCUGAAUGUCCUGCUCCCCCCCCCUUUUUUUUUGGGGGGGGGGGGGGAGGUGGUGGGGUGUUAAAAUCUUGACAUUGUAAACAUGCAAGUGGGAGUGUAGUAACUGGUAACAAUGCAGUGUGGAUAAUAGUGAGUUGGAUUUAAUGAAUGAUUUUUAAAUCUUAGGUCACAUGGGGUUAACAACAUAAAAAUGUACUGUAUAUCCUAUACACAAAGUCCAGCCAAGUGGGUAAUUUUAACUUUUAUUUUUCUAAAUCGUUUAAGUUUAUGUUCGAACUUGAUCCAGUGUUUUAACUCAGAAAUCUACUUGGCAUACAGAGUGUUGAUUAGUGUUGAUUGGUUUAUGGAGAGAGUGAUUAUGGAUAAUGUUUUACUGUUUAUUCAGAGCUCUAGUGCUGGAGUGACUGCUGCCUUUACAUUGCACUGAUGAUGAUGCAGCUGUAUUGCAGCUCUGUGAUGUAAAUAGGAUGCAAGUUGUCAGAUAUUGAUUGACAGCCAUAAUGAUCAUUAGUCUGGGAGCAAGCCAAGUGUGUGUGACUCAACUCAUUAAUGAAUGUACUUGGUGCUCUACAUCAAUCAUGUGUAUCUGUAUGGAGUGAAAGAGUAUCAAAGCUACUCAAUGUUUUAAUAAAGAAUCCAUUCAGUUUA